GAGAGACCGGAAGAAAAAUCCGCCAAGCAACCCACCGUCCUCCGUCCUUCGUAGCUCCACCACCACCGCACCGCGCGCCCUCCCUAUCCACCCCAUCAGCGCUGGAGGCGGCGGCGGCGGAGUCCCCUGCACCCUUAGGCGGCGCCGGCGCCGGCGCGUUGUUAUGCCGAGGGGCUUCCAGGUUUCAACACCGUGCGUUGCUGGAGUUCUAGCAUUCUCAGUAAGGAUAUGGAGCACACCCCUUACACAACAAGUUCCUCUGUAUCCCACAUCUCACUGCUCGAGGAAGUUCUUGGCUGGAGAUUUUGUCUUUACGGGGACUUCCUUGUCAUCUCUUUUGUCAACUGCACCUGAGGAACACACCGCAUUUACUGACUGCCUUGCCUGGUCUCAUGCUGCUGGACAUUAGAGUCUACUAGUGAUUACAGUGCAUCUGUAGCACAUUUAUUUGAGCAUGGUGGGUCUGUUUCUCUGGCAACAUUUUGGUAAUCUUUGUCUUGGCACCGAUCAGCCAGCAAAAGUUACCGUCAGAACAUCUUUGGACACUCGGAUCUAACGCUUAGCUUUGGCGUCACAUAUAAGCUCUAGGUUGUGGUUUUAUUUGUUUCUGCUAGAUCUUUUCUCCCCUAUCACCGUAAGUUUUCUGUUUGAUCAGUCCAACGUUUGGUGUGUGUUGGUUACGCUGUUCUUCAUCAGGCUUCACUUUGGAUGGCAUAACCUUAGUGCAGAGGUGAGGUGUUCAAAAUUUUGUUGUCACAAAGCAUGGGUGCUGCCUACAGAGCUUCGAAAAGAGUCUCCAGUGGCUUUGGUGUUCUAGCAUCCAAAGGCAUUGCCGCAAUACAUUCAUGAGUCUUGUUUGUGACUAUAAGACUGUUCUACAAUAAGGGGCAGUUUUGGACACCAGCUAAUAAAAUGGAGAGGUAUACGAUUAUCAAGGAAGUAGGUGAUGGUACAUUUGGGAGUGUUUGGCGGGCAAUCAAUAAAGAAAAUGGUGAAGUGGUUGCGAUCAAGAAAAUGAAGAAAAAAUAUUAUUCCUGGGAGGAGUGCAUCAAUCUUCGUGAAGUGAAGUCGCUGCGAAGGAUGAACCAUCCAAACAUCGUGAAGCUCAAGGAAGUUAUAAGAGAGAACGAUACGUUGUUCUUUGUUUUUGAAUACAUGGAGUGCAAUCUAUAUCAGCUGAUGAAGAAUAGAGGGAAGCCCUUCUCAGAGACUGAAGUCAGAAAUUGGUGCUUUCAAAUAUUUCAAGCUUUGAAUCACAUGCACCAACGUGGAUAUUUUCACCGUGACCUUAAGCCUGAAAAUUUGUUGGUUACAAAGGAGCUCAUCAAGAUAGCAGAUUUUGGGCUUGCUCGUGAGAUUUCUUCUGAACCACCGUAUACGGAAUAUGUGUCCACCCGUUGGUAUCGUGCCCCUGAAGUUCUGCUUCAAGCUACUGUUUAUAAUGCUGCAGUUGACAUGUGGGCAAUGGGCGCCAUUAUAGCGGAGCUAUUUUCGCUGCGACCUCUCUUUCCUGGCUCAAGUGAAGCAGAUGAGCUUUACAAAAUUUGUGGCAUUCUUGGCACUCCAAAUCAGUGUACUUGGCCUGGAGGACUGCAGCUUGCAGCAUCUAUCCGUUUUCAGUUUCCUCAGUGUGAAAGCAUACAUCUUUCGGAAGUGGUUCCCUCAGCAAGUGAAGAUGCAAUCAACCUUAUUUCGUGGCUUUGCUCAUGGGACCCACAAAGAAGGCCAACAGCAGUGGAGGCCUUGCAGCAUCCCUUCUUUCAGCCAUGCUUCUACGUCCCUCCUUCACUACGCUUCAGAUCUACCGCAUCGACACCGCCAUCGGUCGGGGCCAAAGGAGCAGUGGAUCAGAAGAAUGGUAGGAGAUUUUCCAUGGGACCUGUAUACAGUGGGAGGCCAACAGUUAAUUGUUCAUACUUGAGCACUAACACUCCAGCAAGAGCAGCAGUUGGUGCACAAAGGAAGCUGGAUUUGGAUCAUCAGGCCUCAGAGAGUACUUAUAAAGUGGCAAAGGCUAACGCAAUGAAUCAGCCUUGGUCCAGAGCACCACCAGCAAGGAGCAAUGGAAAUUACCUCUCCAAGGACCAGAGCCCCCGUGCACCUGACCUUGCCGAGAAGCUGUCUCAGCUGUCAUUGGGCCCCAACAGAGUGUCGGGCUUGGGUUCUGAGAAGUUUACAGACCUUAAGGCUAGAACCCAUGGUGGGAACACCAUCAAGCGCCCCUUGCCCGUGGGAUCCAGGGUGUGGCACGGCCCAACCAGCGACCCCUUCCGACGCCCAUUCGAUAUGCCAGGUGAUAGGGCUCUCCUUCCGAGGAAGCUCGUUAGCUGAAGCUCAGGAAACAGAUUCCACACUCGGCCCUGCAAGCAUCACUGCUGCCACUACUACUGCAAAAUAAACCACCAAUCUCCUUCACUGUGAUGUUGUCCACCAGUGUCUAUUGCCGUGCUUGCUUUUGAUGUUGAAUAAAAUGUGUCCCGGUUCAUGCACCGCAUCGCCCUGGGUUCCAUGGAUGCGAGCAUGGCCGGAUGCACCUCCAUGGGACAUUGUGUUAUACACACUUGUUAUGUUUCUGUACGCAAUACCCUGCUACGUGACGCUUGCUCAGUCGUUCCUGCAUAGCCUGUGGCAUGCGGCUAUUAUAUGGUAUGGUAUUGCUUUGCUUUGCUUGUUCA